GAUCAUGUCCGGGCGGCGAGGUCUGGCGUGGAGCGCUGCUGCCGUCGUCCUGCUGGUAGCCGGCACAGCGGCGCGGUACGAGGCGAACAAGGCGGGCAACGACCCCCAAGAGCGCUGGCGGAAUGAGCUGCCGCCAUUUGAACGUGUCAACAGUGCCGACAAGCAGGUUCAUUAUGCACGGCCCCAGCGUGUGACGCUCGUGACCUUCUCCAACUGCGGCACGGACCAUGACCCGAUCCAACUGCGGUCACUCGACGUGCCUGACGUCAUCAACCUGAAGUCGACCUUUAACCUCAGCGCCGAUGUCGUGCUGACCGCGCAGGUCCAGUCGCCCAUCAAGGUGACGAUGAAGGUGCAGCGCCACGUGCUGUUCUGGUGGGUGACGAUACCCUGCCUAGAGGGGGCGAUCGGCAGCUGCUCCUUCAAAGAUGCCUGCCAGCUCAUACCGACUCCCACCAACGGCACCUGUCCGCCCUUCUUCGUCGAGAAUCACAUACCGUGCCUGUGCCCGGUGGGCCCGGGUGAGUACCGCCUAGACAACGUGCUGGUGGACCUGGCGGCCGUGCACAUUCCGGAGGAGCUAGCGGCCGGCGUCUACUACGCCCGUGUCCGGAUCGAGCACGGCGCCGGCCUGCUCGGCUGUUUCGCGAUCCAACUGAGGCUGGAGUGAACCCCGGCGCCGGCCUGCUCGGCUGCUUCGCGAUCCAACUGAGGCUGGAGUGAACCCCGGCGCCGGCCUGUUUGGCUGCUUCGCGAUCCAACUGAGGCUGAGUGAGCCUCGGCGCCGGCCUGCUCGGCUGCUUCGUGAUCCAACUGAGGCUGGGGUGAGCCCCGGCGCCGGCCUGCUCGGCUGCUCCGCGAUCCAACUGAGGCUAGAGUGAGCCCCGGCGCCGGCCUGCUCGGCUGCUUCGCGAUCCAACUGAGCCUCCCGGCACCGGUCCCGGUCGUCCCCGGUCCGCGGGCGGCGGGCGGCGGGCGGAGCCGCGCGCACUCCGGCCGCCUGGGCGCUGUGCUGGUCCCGGCCGCCCCUGGUCGGCGGGUGGUGCCGCGCGCAUUCCCGGCCGCCUGGACACUACCCACCGGCAAGGUGUGAGGGGACUGAAGAUGGAUGGCAGGAUGUGUUUGGCUUGUGUUGUAAAUGUUUUGGAGUACGUUGUCGUAAACAACAUUCCAUGACGCUACUAUUUGAGGAGGAAAAUACACUACCGUGAGCAUUGCUAUCACAAUAUAUUUCAUCGUGGUGA